AUGCGAAGUUUGAUUAAUCUUUUACGUACCACUUUGACUGAUCUAAACAUAUUCUCAUUACGUGAUAUGAGCAGUGGUAUGGAUCGAAUAACAGCUAAACGUCUUGGUCGAUGGGCGACUCGUCUCUACAUUGCUUUAUUCAUCAGCGGUCUCAGUAUUCUCACCAUCUACAGCGUAGUUCAACCACAAGUAGUGACGAAGACUUUCAAUAAACCAUCUUUUAGUAUUUAUACUGAUUUACAACAAAAAUAUGGAGAUAAAUUAAAAUGUCCAUGUUCAGUGAUUGCAUCGAUUUAUGAUCAAUUUAUCGAAAUUGAACCAAUAUUUCAUGAGAUCUGCUCGAGUCCAUUUGCAACAAAGCAAUACCGCAAUGAACUUAUAGCUGGUCUAAUCUCUAACUUGUCUAUUUAUGUAUCAGGAGACUAUCGCCGUUUUCUUUCUGCUCAUUUACAAGCUUUGCAAGGAUUAUGUGAACUCUCUAAAACAUCAGUAUACGAUUCUAUUAACCAGUUUCGUACUUCACUGUUUGUUACUUCUCAACUUCUAUCGAAAAUAAAUUUUGAUGAUCAGCUUGGUUCGUUAAUCGAACAAACCAAAUCCAAUGCUCCUACUACAAUCCGUCGACAUCUCUUCUUAAUUCGAAAUAUCAAUCAUGGAAAUGCUUACAUGUCAACGUAUGGAACAAAUUUCGAAUAUAUUGGUGCUCCAAAUGCACCUACAUAUUCUUAUGCAUCUACUCGAGCUAUAAUCUAUGAUGAAUGUUCUUGUGGAUUGCAUCUAAAUUGUACAAGUCAAGCAAAUUUUAUCGAAUCAAAUUCAUCUAAACUGUUUCCAGUCAAAGGCUUGAAAAUAGGUUGUACUCCAAGCGAAUCAUUUCGUGCUUCAACUCUUGAAUGUUUUUAUGAUCGUUCAUGUAUUGAUCUCAUUCAUCAAUAUACUAAUUAUACGAGAUCUCACAAUCCUGUCUUGAACAUGACGAGUCGUUACUCAAUAAACACUACUAUAGCUGAACUUAUUGAUAAUCUAUUCAUAGAACGAUGGGCGACAAAGAUGAAUUAUUCAUCUUAUUUUCGUGAAUGUUCUCCACUGUAUUGUUCAUAUACUUAUAUUCAAAAAAAAAGCAGCUUUAUCUAUACAAUAACUAUCUUACUUGGUCUUCAAGGUGGUUUAUCAAUUGUUCUUAAAUGGCUUUGUCCUAAAAUAGUUCGAAUUGCAUCUAAAGUAAAUGGUUAUCGAAAAAAACGAAUGAAUACUAUUCAUCCUAUCAAUUCUCUUGAAAUUACAUCGAAUGUUACUCUUAGCACAACCAUACAUAAUCCUACUUGUAAUUUAGAAUCAAGACCAACACCUAUAACAUCUCGAACAAUUGUUACUACAUCAAUUCGAUUUCCGUCGACCAGUACGACAAAUGAUACUACUAAUUUGAACUCAACAAUAAACACAACAACAUCAACAUUAACAAGCACAACAGUGCCAUGUUCUAAGUUAAACUUUCAACUAACAUCAAUAAAUAUAUCUGAUGUUCCACUUUAUGUACGAUCAUUUGCUGUUGCUGACUUCAACAAUGAUAAUCGACUUGAUAUUGUGGUUUUUUCUAACUAUGACGAAAGUGUGCUUAUACUACGUGGAACUGAGAAUGGAAGUUUUACAGCAGAAAAUAUUUUUCCAAAAGGACGUUUUGACCUUGUGAACAUUAUGAAAAUUGGUGAUUUCAAUAAUGAUAAUCGAGUCGAUCUCGUAUUUACCUAUGGAAAUUUAGACUAUGUAAACAUUCUUUUUGGAAAUGGUAACGGAGCUUUUAGAGUGAUAGAUAUACAAUUAGAGACAAGGGAAUGCAUUCCCGAAGAUAUCGCCGUAGCCGACUUCAAUCAUGACAAUUAUUCUGAUAUUGUUGUCAUUGAUAAUGACGAUUCUAAAGUUUGUGUAUUUCUUGGAAAUGCCAACAACACUUUGCCAUUGUAUCUGAUGUUUUCUACAGGACAGCAUAGUUGGCCUCAAUCAGUAACCAUCAGUGACUUUAAUGGCGAUGGACACGCAGAUAUUGCUGUGGCCAAUAAUAAAGCUGUGAAUGUUGGUAUAUUUCUUGGACGCGGUAAUGGCACUUUUGAAGUACAAAAGCGAUCUUUUACUUUCAUGGGUUCUUAUCCGAGCCAUAUUGUAAGUGGUGAUUUUCAUGGUGAUGCUCAACAAGACGUCGUUAUCAGUAAUGGCAUCACAAACAUACUCACUAUGUUGUCUAAAUAUAGAAAUGGACUUUUCACCGUCAAGGAGAAUUUUUUUAUGAAAUCUAACGUCGUAGAACCUAUGGUUGUAGGUGAUUUUAACUGUGAUGAUCAUUUAGACAUUGCUGCUAUGGGUAAGCCAUAUGGUAUAGAUGUACUACUCGGAUAUGGAGAUGGUCGUUUUGAGGCACAAAGCAUAUUACCAGAUGAACUGAUCAGUUUUGACUCUAGAUUUGGUGUUUAUGAUUUUAAUGAUGAUACUUAUCCAGACAUAAUCAUUGCAAAUCCUGAGUCUAGUUCUAUAGAUAUCUUUUUAAACAUCGGCGAAUGUUGUGUACGUGGAAUUCCUAAAAGAAAAACAUUCAAUUUCUCAUAA